AUGGGGCCUGCCCACUGGAGGCCCUGCAAAAGGAAAAUACCCAUGCCUCUGACGCUGCCAUUACCAAGGCCGCUACCAGCGCUGUGGGUCAGUGAGCUGCCCCCUCCUCCUAACCCUCCUCGCUUAGCUACUGCUGGAGGCCCGGGCACCACGGAGAACAGCUCUGCCUAUCCUGAUGUGGACGUGGACAUGACUCCCCCUUCCCAUGCUGGCAUCUUCACUUCCUCCCAGCCGCCCUACUCCCAUGAGGACCUCAUUGAGUCACAGCAGAUCCCCAUCACCCACUGA